AUGGGGCCAAGUCCUGCUCCCACCCUCGUCUUCGCUCUGCUGCUGCUGCUGGGGGCUGCAGUGAAUGGGCAGCCUCGGGGCCGGAUCCUGGGGGGCUACGAGGCCAAGCCCCACCUGAAGCCAUACAUGGCCUCCCUGCAGUUGGACGGGCAGCACGUCUGUGGGGGCUUCCUGAUUGCCGAGCAGUGGGUACUGAGCGCUGCCCACUGCACUGAGGACACGGACGGAAAAUUCUUCCAGGUCCUCCUGGGCGCCCACUCGCUCACGGAGCCAGAGCCCCACAAACGCCUGUACCGGGUGCGCGCCCAGUUCCCCCACCCCGGCAGCAACAUCCACAACAACAAGGAUGACCUCCUCCUCCUCCAGCUGGAGGAGAAAGCAGAGCUGAACACGGAUGUGCAGGUGCUGCCGUUUCAGCGGGAAGACCAGCCCCGCCACGACCGAACCAUCACCGAGAAGAUGAUGUGCACCGACUCCCGCAGGAAGGACACCUGCAAGGGAGACUCCGGUGGCCCCCUGGUCUGCAACGGGGUGGCUGAGGGGGUGGUCACGGCCGGCUCCCGCGUCCGCGGCAACUACAAGAAACCAGCCAUUUACACCCGCAUCGCGCCCCACGCCGACUGGAUCGACAGCGCCAGGGGCCUCCCAGAGCAUCGCCCUGCGCCGGGAGGAGGCACCCCUCCAUAUGCCCUGGCUGAGCACCCCCACAUCCUGCAGGGCCACGGGGUGAUAUGGCUGCAGUGGGACCUUCCCCAGGGUCAUGGUGUGACUUUUUGCUAG